CAAGAGGCUCUCGGCAUGGAGAAUGGUGCAAUUUCUGAUGGGCAAAUUAGUGCUUCCUCGCAACUAGAUGCCAAUCUUGCCGCCAAGCAGGGCAGACUGCACUGUAAAGCAGGAUCUUGGUCAGCUGACAAAAACGAUCUCCAUCAAUGGCUGCAAGUUGAUCUGGGUAGUCAGUACACGAAAGUGACACGUGUAGCAACACAAGGAAGAAAUGAUGUCGCUCAGUGGGUAACCAUGUACAAACUGCAGUACAGUAAUGAUGGAGUGUACUUCCAAUACUACAGAGAACAAAGACAAACUGCAGACAAGGAUUACACUGGAAACACAGACCAGGACACUGUUGUUUAUCAUGAAUUAAAUCCGCCAAUCAGGGCACGUUUUAUUCGUUUUCGACCAGAGGCUUGGCAGGGGCACAUAUCAAUGAGAGUGGAGCUGUAUGGUUGUCUGGAAGAAUGCCAACAACCUUUGGGCAUGGAAAAUGGUGCAAUUUCAAACGGACAAAUAACUGCCUCGUCAGAAUGGGAUGUCAACCAUGCCGCCAUUCAGGGCAGACUUAACUUCCAAGGAAAUCAAAAUAAAAAAGGAUCUUGGUCAGCUCGCAGCAAUAAUAAUGAUCAAUGGCUGCAGGUUGAUCUGGGUAGUGAACACACUAAAGUGACUCGUGUAGCAACGCAAGGGAGACAUGAUUAUCCCCAGUGGGUGACCAAGUACAAACUGACCUACAGUAACGAUGGAGUGAACUUCCAGUACUACAGGGAACAGAGACAAACUGCAGACAAGGAUUUUGCUGGAAACACAGACCAGGACACUGUUGUUUUUCAUGAACUCAAACCGGCAAUCAAAGCACGUUACAUUCGCUUUCGACCACAGGCUUGGCUUGCACACGUAUCGAUGAGGGUGGAGCUGUAUGGCUGCCACGAAGUUUGUCAAGAAGCUAUGGGAAUGAAAAAUGGUGCAAUCUCUGACGGGCAAAUCACUGCCUCCUCGCAGUACGAUCCCAAUCAUGCCCCAUUUCACGGCAGAUUAGACUUUACAAAGUGGAAAGCGGGAUCUUGGUCAACAAACAGAAAUGAUCUUCAUCAGUGGCUCCAAGUUGAUCUGGGUAGUCAGUACACUAAAGUGACACGAGUAGCAACACAAGGAAGACAGGACGCUGCUCAGUGGGUAACCAAGUACAAAAUGCUGUACAGUAACGAUGGAGUGAACUUCCAGUACUACAGAAAACAAGGACAAACGGUAGACAAGGACUUUGCUGGAAACAAUGACCAAGACACUGUUGUUUAUCAUGACCUAAAUCCAUCAAUCCAAGCACGUUACAUUCGUUUUCGACCUAUUGCUUGGCAUGCACACAUAUCAAUGAGGAUGGAGCUGUAUGGCUGCCAAGAAGAUUGUCAAGAAGCUCUUGGCAUGGAAAACGGUACAAUUUCUGACAGACAAAUAAGUGCCUCUUCGCAGUGGACUGCUGAUUAUGCAGCCAUCCAGGGCAGACUACACUUUAAAGCUAUUCCUAAAAAUGCGGGUUCUUGGUCAGCUGGCAAAAAUGAUCUCCAUCAAUGGCUGCAGGUUGAUCUGGGUAGUCAGUACACUAAAGUGACACGUGUAGCAACACAAGGAAGAAAUGAUUACAAUCAGUGGGUAACCAUGUACAAACUGCAGUACAGUAACGAUGGAGUGAACUUCCAGUACUACAGAGAACAAAGACAAAUUGUAGACAAGGAUUUUAUUGGAAACACAGACCGGGACACUGUUGUUUUCCAUGCUUUAAAUCCACCAAUCAAUGCACGGUACAUCCGUUUCCGACCAGAGGCUUGGCGUGGCUGGAUUUCAAUGAGAGUGGAGCUCUAUGGUUGUGUAGAAUGUCAAGAAACUCUAGGCAUGGAAAGCGGUGCAAUCUCUGACGUACAAAUUACUGCGUCUUCGCAAAUGGAUGCCGAUCACCCUGCUAUUCGUGGCAGACUGCAAUGCGAGACAGCUUCAGGUACAGCAGGAUCUUGGUCAGCUGGAAACAGUGAUGUGAAUCAAUGGCUUCAGGUUGAUCUGGGUAGUCGGUACACUAAAGUGACACGUGUAGCAACGCAAGGAAAAAAAGAUGUCGCUCAGUGGGUAACCAAGUACAAACUGCAGUACAGUAAUGAUGGAGUGACCUUCCAGUACUACAGAGAAGAAGGCAAAACCGUAGACAAGCAAUUUGUUGGAAACACAGACCAGGAAAGUGUUGUCAGUCAUCAUCUAAAUCCAGCAAUCAAAGCACGUUAUGUCCGUUUUAGACCAGAGGCUUGGCAUAACCACAUAUCAAUUAGGGUGGAGCUGUAUGGCUGCCAAGGUGCUAUGACAGUUUCCAUUUCGACUGUCUUUCAAGAAACUCACGGGAUGCAAGAUUAG